CGCGUUCCUCAUUGCGCGCCGCAGCCUGUCGCGGUCUGAUGACGUCACCGCCAGACGUACUGCCGGGUGAUUUUCCGGUGUCGGUCGCUUCUGCCGCCCGCAAUGAGCAAGCGGAAGGCGCCGCAGGAGAGCCUCAACCAGGGCAUCACGGACUUCCUCAUGGAGCUAGCGAAUUACGAGCGCAACGUGAACCGAGCCAUCCACAAGUACAACGCAUACAGGAAAGCGGCCUCUGUCAUCUCCCGGUACCCCAGCAGAAUACAGAAUGGAGCGGAAGCUAAGAAGCUGGAUGGAGUAGGUGCUAAAAUAGCUGAGAAGAUAGAUGAGUUUUUAUCUACUGGAAAGCUUCGCAAAUUGGAAAAGAUUCGACAAGAUGAUACAAGUGCUUCCAUCAACUUCCUGACACGAGUUACUGGCAUUGGUCCUGCUGCUGCUAGGAAGUUUGUUGAGGAAGGAAUCAAGACUUUAGAAGAUCUAAGAAAAAAUGAGCACAAGCUGACCCAUCACCAGCGAAUUGGGUUGAAAUAUUUUGAAGAUUUUGAGAAAAGAAUCCCGAGGGAAGAAAUGCUGCAAAUGCAGGACAUUGUGCUGAAAGAGGUAAAGAACGUGGACCCAAAUUAUAUUGCUACAGUCUGUGGCAGUUUUAGGCGAGGUGCAGAGUCGAGUGGUGACAUGGAUGUUCUCUUAACCCAUCCGACUUUCACAUCUGAAUCAUCCAAACAGUCAAAGCUUCUGCAUCAAGUUGUAGAACAACUGGAAAAAGUCCACUUUGUCACUGAUGUGCUGUCUAAAGGUGACACCAAAUUCAUGGGUGUCUGCCAGCUGCCAGAUAAAGAUGAUGGAACAUCGUAUCCACACAGGAGAAUUGAUAUUCGGCUUAUCCCUAAGGAUCAGUAUUACUGUGGUGUGCUGUAUUUCACAGGCAGUGAUAUAUUCAAUAAGAACAUGAGGGCCCACGCUCUGGAAAUGGGCUUCACAAUCAAUGAGUAUACAAUCCGUCCCUUGGGUGUCACUGGAGUCGCUGGGGAGGCCCUACCAGUAGAAUGUGAGAAGGACAUCUUUGACUACAUCCAGUGGAAAUACCGAGAGCCAAAGGAUCGGAGUGAAUAACCGUCUGCAUUUGUGACUUAGAAAGGCAUUUUCAUAGCUUUCUGUGAACAUUUGUGUAGAAAACAUGCAUGUUCUUUAGACUUUACUGCAAAAAAAAGUGCAUUGCUGAUAUUUAAAAGGAGGGUAUGUGUAGUCAAGUUUUAAAUCCUUUCUGUACUUUAGAGAAAGUGGAUGAGAACCCAGUGUGAAACAGCACUCCCUGAAGAGGUGCUUGUAGUCUGCCUUCUGAUGUGCUCGUCCUGGUAGCCUAGAAUACUUUCUGCUGGUUUAAGCUAUAGCUCCCCCCCCCUCCCCCUCUUAAAUAUGAUAUUUUACUGUUUUUUGUCUAAUAUUUCCAUAUUUUAAAAUGUAAUUUGUUUUCUUUCUAGUCUUUCUCUUCUUUCUGUUCCUUUGUUCAGUUCUAACAUCAUCGUGCCGCUCUCUACCUGUCCAGUUCCUUUCUUUGCACUGUAGAGAUGUUUGUGGAGGGUUUGAAGUGGAUGAAAUAAAUAACUAAUUAACCUUAAAGGAGAAAUAAACGUUUAUUUCA